AUGACUAGCAAGAAUUUCUUCAUCUUUUUUAUCUUUCUUAUAACUUGGGCAUGUUUCAUUGAAACGGCUUUGGCUGCUGCUGGCUGGUGUUACCAAUGUGAUUCUCGAAACCCUAAUUGCCAACUUAGUGUCGAUGCAGUUGCAUUGGCAGGUUAUAAAACGCCCUGCAAUGGACAAUGUUACAUACGUGUUAAAAACGGUUUAUUGUCUCGUGGUUGUUCUUGGGAAUAUGGAUUUAUGACAUCACAAAUAUCGUUCACUCCAAUUUUUCAACAAGACGCAAUGUGGAUUUUUUGUGAUACUUCUUUAUGUAAUGGAAAUGCAAAUGCAUCGCCAUAA